AUGGCCUACUAUGAAAAAUGCAUUGAGACUGUGAUAGAGCAGCUUGACAAAUUUAAGCCUGAGAAGGACAAUCCUGAGCAGUUCCUGGAGUCAGUGUUCACCUCCUUACAGCAGACUCUGAGCCCCCAGAAGCUUGGGUUUGUUUUGGAGGUUCUGUCUGGCUGCCUUGAAUACCACAAGUUACUGACCAUCGUGGUGGACGCCUUCUAUGCACGGGAGGGCCGGCUCUGCCUGUGGUCUGACUACAGCCUCUUUGAGGUGAUCUGCUACCUGGCCACCUUCCAGCUGGGUGAGCUCGGCUUCCAGCUUUUCUGCAGCAUCAUCAAGUCCCAGCCUGUGGGUAAGAUCUGCAAGUUCCUCAGAUUCUUCUUUAACCCCUUGCACCUGUGCUCAUGGAUCAAAGACGAAUGGAGCCUCAUCUACGAAACGGCCCACGUGAUGGAGAACUGGAUCGACCCUCUGAUGAGAUGGGAGCCAGAGAUCCAGGAGCUGAUCAAACAACUGGAGGGAGUACCAACCGAUCAAAUUCCUGUUGUGAAGACCAAGGCCAAAGUCACAGUGCCCAAGGAAUUCAACCUGACUGUCCCAAGGCCCCGCGCCAUUACAAUGCCUGAGCCUGUCCCCACUAUGGCCAAGCCGAGACCUGUCCCUAAGAGUACCUAUCAGGAGCCCAAGGAGCAGAAACUUCUGCAGAUGAUCAAGACAUACAACCGCCGGACAGCUGAGGAGCUGCUGCUGAAAGCAAACAUGGAAGAGCUGCGGUGUGCCAUGCCCCGGGUGCAGCGGGAGCCGCAAGCACAGGACACGGAGAAGCAGCUGUGGCAUCAGUCUGUACCCCGCAUACACAGGACUCCAAAUCUGACCUUCUACAAGCCUAACAAUGUCCCAGUCAAGCUGAACACAGCCGCCAUCCUUCGAGAAGGGGCCUUAUACCAGCGGCAGGUGGAGAAGGAGCUGCAGAGAGUUGAUAAACUUGUGGAUGGAGCUGGAGACUUCUCUGUGUUCCUUGAGUGGCAGAAGAAGAUGCAGGCAAAGGACCUGGAGGAGCAGCUAGCUGCAGGCGAGUGCCGGCGGCUGCAGGGGAAGCUGAGCCACGAGGAGGCCAUCUUGGCCCGGAAGACCCUCAUGCAGGAAAACAAGCAGAAGGCUGACCGGCAGAAGGAAGAGUCGGCUGAGCUAAUGCUGCGGUGUGCUGAGAGGCGCCUCCAAGAGGAGAAGGCCAUGAAGGAGCUGGUGGAGCAGGUCACCGAGGCCCAGAAAAAUGUCAGGAUCGUCCAGAUGAAGCUGGUGAAGGGCCGGCAGCAGAUAGUUCAGGAGGUGAUAGAGGAGAGCCGGGAGCUGCUCCAGCGAAGCGCAAAAGAAGCCAAAGAGGAGCAGAAGCAGCGCUGUGAGCUCAUCGCCCAGCUCCGUGCGCUGGAGACACAGCCCACACGCAAGGAGAAGCUGGUGGACCUCACCCAGAUCCCAGGAUAUGGUCUGGAAGGUGAGAUGUCUGUUGUGGAACUUCGAGAACGGCUGGCCAUGCUCAAAGAGACCCAGAAGCGAGAGCAAGAUGAGAAGCGAGAUCAAAUCAUCCAGGGCAAACGAGCCAAAAGCCAGAUGAUACAGAACACAGUGGAGCAGAUCUCACUGUGCCGCGCAGCCAUGGGCAGGACCGCAGCCUUGAGGUGGGAGGAAAAGAAGGCCCAGGCUACAAGCCUGGGGACGCCCUCCCAGGACGAGCGUGUGCUGGAGCUGAAGCGCAAAAUGGAGGAGAGGGCAGCUGAACGCCGCAAGCAGACAGCACCGCAGCUCGUGUCACCACCCCGGGCCCCACGUCUAAAUCUGCGGUCGCAGGAGGAGGUGCAGCACUGGCUGGAGCUGGAUCAGAGCCGCGAGCGCAGGCUGCGGGCGAGGCAGGCGGCCCGCCGCACGUGCCACGCUGCUACCGCUGCUACCCGUCGUCUGGAGGCCUCCUGA